UCAUUACCGAUCGCAAAGAUGUGCUGCAAUCCCGGAGGCUGCUGCAAUCUCCCCACUAGCAUCCAGUGCACCAACUUUUGCUUCAAUUGCUGGACUGGCACGGCUACAACACCUUAUACCCGCAAAAUAUGUGUUCCUGGCUGUGGUUGCGGGCCAUGUUGUUAGGACAACUAGACCCGCUGAUGGAUCGGAAGUCUCGCACCAACCGGGAAACUUUAUUAUCAACAUCAGUGAUAUCAUCACCUAUCACAACGAUGUACCUUAAUCCCGGAGGCUGCUGAGAUCUUCUGUGGAAGCAUCCUGGACAGAAAAACAAGAACCUCUGGAUAGGGACUCCAGUGAUCAUUAUCACCUCUUCUCAAGCUGGACAGGAUGUUUCAGCGGGUCGUCAUCAAAAUUUCUAUUCUGUGAAAUCAAAAUUAAAACCAUCUAAAUACGUUCUCUAAGCAAUCAGAAG